AUGAUAGCAGAACCUGCUUUUCUCUCUGAGUAUACUAUCUUUGCUUUGGAUCCCACCAAGCAACCUAAGCCACAGAGUGACAGUGUGAAUUUAACUAAGCAGCCACCUCCCAGAUCCACAGAAAACAAUGGCAGUGGACCAGCCUCCUCCCAGCUGGCUGACACUCAGUCUCUGGCCCAGAGGCUCCAGCUCCGAGUUCCCUCCAUGGAGUCUCUGUUUCGAAGCCCAGUGAAGGAGACCCUGUUCUGCUCGUCCUCCAAGGAGUCCCUGGUACGAACUUCUUCAAGAGACUCAUUGAACCGACUGGACUUGGACUCACCUGGCCCCACCUUUGACCCACCUUCUGACGUUGAAAGUGAGACAGAAGAGCCUCCAGGAAACAUGGACAGCCUCAGCAAAGAGCAGCUGCUGCAGCGACUGCGCAGGAUGGAGCGCAGCCUGGGCAACUACAGGGGAAAGUACUCAGAGCUGGUGUCUGCCUAUCAAGUUAUCCAGCGGGAGAAGAAGAAGCUACAGGGCAUUCUGAGUCAAAGUCAGGAUAAAGCUCUUCGCAGAAUUGGAGAACUGAGAGAGGAGCUCCAGAUGGAUCAACAAGCUAAGAAACAUCUCCAAGAGGAGUUUGAUGCUUCCUUAGAAGAAAAGGAUCAACUUAUUAGUGUCCUGCAGACUCAGGUAUCAUUGCUGAAACAGAGAUUACAAAAUGGUCAGACAGGCACUGAAUUGCCUGAUCCAAAUACCCAAUCUGAUCCACAAGUUCAGAGUCCAACAAAAGAAAUCAGUACAGAAAAUACUGUGGAACCAGGAAGCAAUGGUAAUGAGGAUCCUGCUAAAACCCUGGAGGCUCUGAAGCAGAGGGUGAGGCGGCAGGAGAACCUGCUGCAGCGCUGUAAGGAGAUGCUGCGCUCGCACAAGGAGCGCUGUGCCCAGCUGACCAACGAGAAGGAGGCACUUCAGGAGCAGCUAGAAGAGAGGCUGCAGGAGCUGGAGAAAAUGAAG